GCUUAAUCAAAUCGAUCUACAGUAAUAGAAACUCACUUUCAGAUUCAAGGUCCUGUGUUGUUCUUGUACCAUAAGUUCUUGUCAAUGGCAGUUUCCGAGGCGUGGAGGCUCUUGUUGCUAUAUCUAAUCUCGUUCAUUGUCACGUUUCAUAAACAGAGACAUACAGUUUACGCCCAGGAUGGUCCCGGGAUCUUGGUUCGGAGAGCCAUGUUCUGUUUCAACAACAAUCUGAUUUACAGAGGAUGCAACGAAGCAAUGAGAUUAGACGAGAGGGGAGAACUCAAGGUUCCAAGGGAGGCAACAGAUGUGUUCUGCAACGGACCAUGUCGGGCCGAGACAGAGCUUGUGCUCAAAUGCGUCGAUAGCAUCAUGUCUGAUUUUGUGUUCUACAAUCAAGCUACCCCCCGAGACAUCAGGAACGCUUUGCACGGCGGCUGCAGCUCCUCUUUCGCUCGAGGAAACUUUGACUUGAGACAAUACGCUCCAGAACUAGGUUUUGGCAAGGCAGAGAAGCAGUUGCCUGGAGUGAUCGCUGCUAUGGUUCUCGGGUUUGCACCAUUGAUUCUGUAAACCGGUUACUAACCAUGCCCGGAUAGUUUUCUUGAACUUUUUGCAGCCAGACCAGAGCCAGAAUCCUGUAGAAAACAUACAACACAUAUUUGCAAGUGUGCUUUUCGCUUACUUUUCUCUCAGCCUCUUUUCCAGAUGCAUUGCACAAUCAGAUUACCGUGAAAGAUAUGUGACACCUUCCCAAAAACGUGAUCUCAAUUGAAACGCUAGCUUUCAGAACGCAAUGCUGUUUAUGCCAGUGGACGUUCUCUUCUUUUCUGAUGUAGUAUGAAUUCCACAAAAGUCUUAAUUUAUGUAUGUACACGGACAUGGUUUCAAUCAAA